ACCGGCCAAUCAGUUGCGAGCAGGAAGGGCCCGGCUGACCAAUUGGCGGAGGCACCUGCCCCCUGCCGGCCAAUGGGAGACGGGGAGCCGGGACUUCCGGCGGAGCUGGGCGCGGGAGGCGGGAGGAGCCGCCAUGGCGAAAACGUACGAUUACCUGUUCAAGCUGCUGCUGAUCGGGGACAGCGGCGUCGGCAAAACCUGCGUCCUCUUCCGCUUCUCGGAGGACGCCUUCAACACCACCUUCAUCUCCACCAUCGGUAUUGACUUUAAAAUCAGAACAAUUGAGUUGGAUGGAAAGAAAAUCAAACUGCAGAUAUGGGACACAGCUGGCCAGGAACGGUUUCGGACGAUCACCACGGCGUACUACCGAGGGGCCAUGGGUAUUAUGUUAGUGUACGACAUCACCAAUGAAAAAUCCUUUGAUAAUAUCAAGAAUUGGAUCCGGAAUAUCGAGGAGCAUGCCUCAGCAGAUGUAGAGAAAAUGAUCCUUGGGAACAAGUGUGAUGUAAACGAGAAACGACAAGUCAGCAAAGAACGUGGAGAGAAGUUAGCCAGUGACUAUGGAAUUAAAUUCAUGGAAACCAGUGCAAAAGCAAACAUAAAUGUUGAGAAUGCAUUUUUUACUCUCGCCAGAGAUAUAAAAACAAAAAUGGACAAGAAGCUGGAGGGUAACAGCCCACAAGGAAGCACCCAAGGGGUGCGAAUCACCUCAGAACAGAAAAAGAGCAGCUUCUUUCGUUGUCUCCUCCUGUGACGAACUCUGCCUUUGGAAAUGUCCAAGCACUUGCUGACUUGAGUUGAAAUGUGCACAUGCUGUGCUUUUGCUGUACAGAUGGACACUUCCUUCGGACAAGCCCUGUUGUGCUGACAAACACUUGCAGUGAUCAAGCAGCUGAGGUUUUUGGCUUUUAGAACCUGUCCGAUGAUGAUUACCUCAGUGCUGGAAAUAUGCACAUCAGAAUCUUCUGAUGGGAAUCCCUCCAUUUUACUGAUUUCCAAUCUGUUGGGGUGCAAUUGUGUGGAAUUCUAGCAAUCCUACUUCCUCUGAUUUUCUUUUCUCCCCCUUCUGCUUUUCCUGUUUUGUUUCUCCCCACCGACCUUGUGUUGUGGAGAUGCUUUCAGCAUUGGAGUCUUUUCCUGUUCCAGCAGCCCAGUGAUCUCGUUGUGCAAUAAGGAGCUGCUGCUGUUGUUGCUUUACGUGUGACUCUCCUUAUACAUUGCUGUUUCUGCAAGGGCUUUGUUUGCUUUCUGCCAGUGUAUCAUGUUUGUAUCUGGGUGGAUGUGGUGAUCCUGAGAAGGAUAGAGUAGCCCAGAUGUCAGUUUUUAGACCUAGAGCCAGGGAUAUCUGUCCCCUUUGGUGCUGAAAACUGCUCAGUUGAUUACUCCCCAUCCCACAUCAAUGAAUUCUCAGCCUUGUUGUUUUUCCUGCGUUUAGUCUCUCAGCAUUACACCGUGUGUUGGAGCCACUGACCACAUGCUGCAACAGUGUCAUUGUGGCUGUUGCAUCUGACAGGUUUAGCUGAGUGUUGCUAGUGGACAAUUUGUCUUGAAUCACUGGACAAAAACUGGAUCUCGGAUAGACUUUUUCUUUGAAAUGUUUACUGUGGCAGUGCUACACAUCGACACCACUCUGUGUUUCCAUGGGUUUAGAGGCAAAUAGCCAGAAAUCAACCAAAACCAACGUUUCCAAAUAACGACUGCCUGGAUCCAUGGUGUUGUGAUGUUAUCUCUGCAAGCGGCACCAAUUAUUUCAGGUUAGAUAUCUCAAGGACCAGAGCACAGGAGGGAGGGGUAUGGGGAGGGGGGAGAACAUAGCAAAGGGGUUGACACCAAAGAGUUUAAGGGAACAGAAGCGAGGGAAAGAUGGGUGGAGGAUGGAAAGGGUGGGUGGGGGAGGGGCAGCAUGGGAUGAAACAAACCCCCACCACCACCCCCCCCCCACCCGUCCCAACCCCUAAUUAGAGCUGAGGUGCAUCAGCCAUUCAUCCUAUCGUAGCCUUAUUCAUCAGCCAUCACUUGGUUUCAUCACUGCUCAACUGAUGGAGUCUUGCUGAACUAUUUUGUGAAAAAUACUUGACGCUGAUGCUUAAAGCCACAGGUCAGCACAGUUGCUGCCCCGUGGUUGCAAGAAAUAGACCAGCACUGAGUGGUUCUUAGUUCACGGGCUGCAAGUGUAAGCAGUUUAGCAGAUUAGAGGGUUAAUGCACUGUGGGCGGGUCCUAUUAAUAAAAUUCAUGCAUAAUUCUGGAACCUGAGUAGUGACAUAGUAAAAUUCUCUCAGGGAGAUGAAUUGCACUUUCAGUUGAAGAGCUGUCAACUUUGUAAUGUUUGAAUGUGGAACAUGAGACUUGUGAUAAGGGGUGUACCCGGUGGUUUGUCUCUUGUCUGUUGUGCUAUAAAUCCCCAUGCCAGGCUGUUGUAACAAACACUGUAUAAAUUGGUCAGUAAGUCAUACCAGGAUUUACUGAUAAGACCAUUGUUAUAGGCCUUUUAGGGUAUGGAAAUGUUUUGGUUCCUUCAAGACCAGCGAGUAGCUGUGAAGCUGAUAAUUUUAGUUAUCUUUAGUUUCUGGAAUAUUAUGUAGAAAAGCAGUGAGGGCAACAGUUUCUCUUCUGACCAACAUUCCUACAUCACCCCCUCCCCAUCCCACUCUCACCCGUUCCACCACGAGCAUUGAUCGAGGAGGUGAGCGUAUCUGUGUCACAUCUCCAUGACCAAAGUGGAAACCCACAAAGUGAAGGGUAAGUGGAUAUUCGGAGCCCUCGAACAAAGUACCUGUUCUUGAGUGUUGAAGGUUAAAGACCUGCACUGUUGGUGGUUAAGGCUAUCAUGCAGGAUGGAACAAAGCUGGCCAAGCAUUGAUCAUGCACAGGUGGUUAUCUACAGUGAUAACUGCAUCUCAGUAGGUUGGUUUAACAGGUGCUGCAUUUGGUCAAACCAGAAUAUCCUUUGCUUUUGAAGUUUACUGAGCAGUUUGUGUAGUUCAAUGAAUGAAGGAGUGAAGGUGUGCACCCUUAAUCUUAAACAGAGAAGCUAUGCUAUUAUUAAAAAGCUGGCCUUGUGCAAAUCAUGUCACCUGUCUGGAUGUCUAGACUGAUUACCUCACAGAAGUUUCUGCCUGGGCAUUGCUACCUGUCCCCUUCCACCCGGUCAGGAAUAGACUGACAUUAGUAGAUGUGCUCUUCAGUUUUCCUGUUCUAAAUCAUGAGUACUGGAGCCAAAUGUAACUGUCUUGUGAGUAAUGUGAAUGAGUUCAUUCUCUGGGUCACUGGGUUGGGGGGUGAGGGUGGUGGUGGAGAGAGAGAGAUUACACUCUCAAGCUGCAGGCUGUUGCUGCCCAAUGAUUUGCAAAUGAGCCUCUUCUGUCACAAUUGCAUUCUUUGUAUGUGCCCUGAUCAUUCAAAUCGUUUCUCAUUCCUAGUCAACAGCCACUGAUUUAUUCACUUCCUGGAUGUGAGCUGUAGUUUUCAGGCUGGAAGUGGCCACAUUCUCUGGACCCCAUCCAUCUCACUAUCUAAAUUAUCCUGUUCUGUCAAAUUUAUUUUUGUUUCAAGUUGUUAAAAAGUUUAAUUUUGCGUCAUGUCAUUUUCCCUCAUAUAUAUAUAUAUAUAUAUAUAUAUAUAUAUACACACAAACACACACACACAAGUCCUGUCAUUACUUCAUGAUGAAAGUUCCUUGUAACUUGCUUUGAUCAUCCAGUAUGACUGUGGUAUUGUAAUGGUUAUUCGAUUAACAGUCUGCUCAAUCCCACUAUAAUAAUACAAAUCUGUUGUACUGUUGGUGUCACCUCACAGCUGCAACUGGAAUCUGAUGUGCCAUCCAGUCUCAAUUAUUUAAGUGGGCUUUAAUUAUGUCAAGAAGCAGACCCGGAGUUGUUCAACUGACUAUCCUGAGCCAUGCUUCUGAGAUAACCCCCCUGCAAGACCAGAGUUCUCAUAAUGUUUCACUUCAUUUAAAGCUAAUAACGUCUUUCAAUGCUUUAAAAGGAACAGGUAGCAGUAAAGAAAUAUAUCUUAUAGGUGAAAAUGGUUCAAAUAUCAAAAUCAGUUUGAAUUUGCUCCUUGUUGCUCAUAGUAGUGGCCUUACUGAUGGGUGAUAUUGCUGCCACUGUCCAAGAAGCAGGAUGGAUUGUCGCCUGGAUAGCUGCAGCACCUUGCUUGUUGACGCUUUAUUACUUUUAGUUGUAUCUUGAAAGCCAUUAAACUAGAUUAAGUUGCUUGCUGGGAAGUACACACCCAAUGAAAUGAAUCAGGCAGAUCUAUCCCAUCAGUAAAGUAGUAACUAGUGUUAAAUGGCCAUUCUAUUCAUUAAAUGGAAUUCUGUCCUGCCAGCAGAGAUGAGCUGUUAAUGUCAGUGUUUCUGUAGGGUCAGAUUUCCACAGGAAACCUCCCUCUAGUGCCCCAGGAAAAUGGAUAGUUUAUAACAAGGGAGCUGUUUGAAACAUGGUCCAGUCAGUGCUGUGUGGUUACUUCAGCUGCAACCUCUUGAUAACAGGUGUGGAGCGCUCAGCUCCAGUAUUCGUUCUAGUCUUCUGCAUUUACAGGGCAUCGUUCUGGCCUGAUGGUGACACUGCUGAAUGUGGUGCACAGGUCCCUGAGGUAAGGGAGUGUGUCAUGCCGAGCACAGUAUGACCUAACGGCGCAGUACAGAGCCUGUGGUUUUUAGUGUCCCCAUUGUCAGUUUGAACAAUUCCUGCUAUAACAGUAUUGUACAAAGAAUGUGGGAGGAAAAUGUUUUGUCUCCAUUUCAGCCUCAUUGACCCCUGUACAUCCUUCAAACCAUGUGCAAAAGCCUCCAGGAUUCAAUUGAUUCAAAGGGAUGGGGGCUGCAUUGUUUCAGGUGACCAUGUAAAUAGCUUUACAUAAAAAAGGACCUACUUUAUAAUUGUUCUGUAUUUGCUGAUGUUACUGGAUUUAUAGACACAAGUGGAGUUUUAAAGAGAUUAAAAUGUGAGUCUCAAAAAGCAAA